AUGCAAACCCUCCAGGUCUAAUUUAUUAUUUAUACCUCGCAAAGAUGAUCAUCAUCUGAAUAGCUCCCAUCAGCUUCCAUAAGAAUUCAAGCUUCUAAACAUGAAGUUCAAUUUGAAUUAAAACGUUAUUUGUUUGAAACGUAGUAGCACCAGCGAUAUUGACGACCCGAAGGGACUACCGACAGUAAUAUGGUUCCAUCCCGGAGACUUCGCGACAGGAAGCCCAAUAAUGUGGGACCCGCACACUGUAGUGUACCGCCAGAAAGUCAUAGUAGUGACUGUCGCCUACAGACUGAAUAUUUUCGGAUUUUUCACUACAAUGGAUGGAGAAGCCACGGGAAACUACGGACUGAUGGAUCAACAAGCCGCAAUGCAAUGGGUGAAGCGGAACAUUGAACAUUUUGGAGGAAAUCCCGACAACAUUUGCAUCAUGGGAUAUGGAGCGGGUGCUACCAGCGUUGCUAUACAUCUUAUAAACCCGUCAUCCAAGGGACUGUUCAACAAAGCCAUUGCUCUAAGUGGAAAAUAUUUCUCGGCGAAUGUGGUGAAGCUUCCAGAAGAAAGUAAAUCUCUUUUAGACGAACUAGCGAGUAAUUUUGGUUGCGAUAGAAGACCUACUUCUCGUCUGAUCAACUGCCUGAGAGGAAAAGAACCGGAUAUACUCAUCAAACCGACAUAUGGCGUAAACUGGGGACCAACUAUCGAUGUAGACAUCACGAAUUCGACACCCUUCUUAACAGAUUAUCCUAUACGAUAUUUCGAAAGAGGUGAUUUUGAAAAAGUGCCACUACUAACUGGAUAUACUAGCAUGGAACAUAUCAUGGAUAUUGAGAGUUUGAAAAAUAUAAGUUCAGUUUCAUCUGAGGAGCUAAGAAGCUUACUUGCUGAUCUUUUGGCCGAUGAAAUAUCAGCUGUAAAUGAUACUGAAUCAACAUGCGCUCACAAUUAUGAUAAUCUGGUUGAAGCUGUCAUGUUUUUCUAUCUUCCCAUGAGGCCUGUGGAUGACCCUGAUACAUUCAGGAGUGUUGUCGCAAAUUUUAUCACAGAAAAGUAUUACGCGGCUUCGAGUUACUUAUUGGCUAGUUUCAUGAGUAGAUACCAAUCGACUUACAUUUAUAGAUCUGACAUUAGGCCUAGUACAGAUAAUGCAACAAUUCAUUUACCAAAUUGGGUGAGUGUUCCUCAUCUUUUCGACUUAAUUUACAUUUGGGGCGUCCCGUAUUGGUCAAAUGGCCAAGAGUGGCAUAAGAGAGAUAAGAGCAUUUCUGACAUUAUUAUGGCACUUUGGACGAAUUUUCUAAAAUACUCAGAUCCCACUCAGUAUCCCGUUGAAUGGAGCAAUUUCACAGAACAAAAUCCAGGGAUUUUGAUAAAUGUGAAUGGUACUUUCAAAAUGAGUGACUCGAGAGAUGUCAAUUACAAAGCGUUUGAGUUUUGGAACCACUAUUUUCCUAAAGUUAAAACAAUGGUUUCGCAAUGUUGUGAACCCCUUGAAAAUACCUCAUGUCUUGCUAGCUAUAAUGUUUUGUUUAUGUUGUUUUUAGUACUACUUGUAAUAAAUAUAUGGAACCCUUUAUUAUGUUUCUAAUAAAAGUAUUAUAUUCUAA